GUCAGCCGGCUUAGCCCCCAGCUCCGGAAGUCGGAGGCCGGCGGGUCCUGAAGCCUAGCGGUCCGGUCUUUCCCCGCGUCCGCGCCUGCAGGGAAUAUCUGAAAAGCUACCCAGAACGGGGUCCCUGGAGCCAGCAUUUCGAGCGUAUUGCAGCGUGCAGGGCAGAAUUCUCCACGUGUGGAAGAGCAAUCCCCUUUGCUGACUCGUUCAUUAAACCAGUGCUCUGGACCCUCCGGACCCUCCGCUCCCUCCACUGGGUGCAGACUGUCCUUCUCGGCAGCUGUAGGAGACCGCAGAGCUGGUUUUUUCGCCCCCCAGUCUCCUGUUGAAAGUUGUGGCAGCACGUUCCAGGGAUGUAUAUGCAGGUGGAGACACGCACCAGUUCCUGCCUCCAUCUGAAGAGGGCUCCAGGCAUCAGGUCCUGGUCCCUGCUGGUUGGAAUCUUGUCGAUUGGCCUGGCUGCUGCCUACUACAGUGGAGAUAGUCUGGGCUGGAAGCUCUUCUAUGUCACGGGCUGUCUAUUCGUGGCCGUGCAGAACCUGGAGGACUGGGAGGAAGCAACCUUCAAUAAGAGCACCGGGAAGGUCGUGCUGAAGACGUUCAGCUUGUAUAGGAAGCUGCUGACUCUCUGCAGAGCAGGCCAUGAUCAAGUGGUGGUCCUGCUCAGCGACAUCCGGGACGUGAACGUGGAGGAGGAGAAGGUCCGGUACUUCGGGAAGGGCUAUGUGGUGGUGCUUCGGUUUGCCACGGGCUUCUCCCACCCCCUCACGCAGAGUGCUGUCAUGGGCCACCGCAGUGACGUGGAAGCCAUCGCCAAGCUCAUCACUACUUUCCUGGAGCUGCACUGCCUUGAAAGUCCCAUGGAGCUGUCUCAGAGCAGUGACAGUGAGGUCGAUGGCCCUGGGGACCAGAGCUGACCUCCACGGAACCCCUGCCUUGGUUCUGGUGGGGCCCCAGCAGGACUGAUGGGCCGCCUACAAGUCCUCCUCCUCAGCUCCCUGCUGUGUCCCUGGAAGCCCCGGGGCAGGACCCUCAGCCGUUCCUGCUGCUUGCUUCUGUCCUCUGAGCAAAACCACAGUGGGACCUUCUCUGCAGGCUCCGUGCGGUCCAGAGAGGGCACAGGCCUCAGAUCUGUCUCUUCCUGGAAUCAGACAGCCCACUGGGACAGCGGCCUGGUGUGGACAGGUCAGACAUGCUAGCUGUGUGAGGCUCAAGGCCUGUGAAAUGGGAAGGAAGAACACCCAGGGUCCCAGGGUAUCAGGGCCAGGGCUGAGUUCUUUGGGUCGAGAGGUUCUCCAGGACCAGGUCCUGAGGGCUGCGGUGAGACUCCAGCAGGGCCAGCGGCUGGGCGAGGCUCUGAGGAUGCUGCCGCCACACGUCAUCCCCAGGAAUCCCAUCUCCUGCCCUGCUCCCCAUGCCCAUCCCUCCCCGCAGCCGGAUGUCCUCAGUGGUCAGAAGUGAGGUGCUUGCCGGCGGAGCUGCCGGGGCUCAGGGUGGACGCUAAGGGGCGUCCUGGUGUGCUGCAGCCACUCUUGAGGCUUCCACAGCCCCCAGACCGCUGUCCACUCAGGUGGCUCAUCUCGAGUCCAACCAGGAUUGCAGCCGGGCUCUCACAGAGAGGAUAACCUCCCGCCCCUGCCCCCAGUAUAGGCAGAAGUUCCCUCUUCUAGCAUUGUGCAGCACUUAAAAACCUGGACCCAUCCCUCAGAACCCAGAUUCCCAGCUUCUCUUGAACUCUGGUGCUGGGCCUGUGUGUUUGGGGCCAGAAUCGCUGGGCUCAUGGCUGCCCCUCAGCAGCGCCUGAGCAGCUAGCUGCAGCCACCCUCGUGGAGUCUGGGUGCCAGCCACACUGACCCUCAACUGCACUAUUAGUUUUCUCCUGCUUUCUCUGAACCUAGGCUCCUCCGAGGUACAGCAUGUGCCCAGAGCACCUCUGAGUGAGGGACCCAGGAGGCUAUGCACCUGGGAACGGCUGCAUGGACCAGGGGUUCUGAGGCUGCCUGGGUGAGAGACAGCAACUUCCAGGAAACUCCAGAGAAAUGAGAUCCUCUCCCUUACCAGUGGUGGCCGCCAGCCAGCCCUUAAUUUGGGCACACAGUCAUUUAAACAUGCCAAAAUUAGGUUUCUAAAUGGUUAAACCUGAAAUACUCUUUUCUUAAAAGGUGUGAAACAGCUAUGGUUGGUUUCUUGUGUGUUUACCGCUGGGCUGGAGGAGGGAGGGUGUUUGGCCAGCUCCCCUCUCCCAGGGCUGGGUGGGGCGAGGAGGGUGUCCAGACCAUCGUGAGGGCCAGUAACUAAGCCUUUGAGAUUUCUGGCUUCCACUCUCCUUUUUAUUUUGAAAGAAUUAAAGUUCUAAUGCUGAUCAUUGUA